AUGGACCGAGUGACCAGGUAUCCCAUCUUAAGCAUUCCUCAUUCAUCUAAGGUCAGUGACCUGCCAACUGACCUGGAAAGCCACUACACCUUUGACAUUGUUCGAGUGGAGUCGGCGUCUCCGGGCUGGGACAAGGACAUUGGUGGAAUGAAUUCUGGUGGCCAAAGCUUCAGGUUUAGCCCAGCAGAGACCUCAGGCCUGAGAACGGUGACCGUCACUCAGGAAACUGUCCCUAUGCCCCAUCCAGUCAAAAAGACUCAGCAUGUCCUUACUGAAAACUAUAGUGCCAGCCAGUGGACCCCUGCUUGGGAGGGAAAGUCCCAGAUAGAGGUGGUGAAGACAGGACCUACCUACACCCUCAGAGCUUACCCAGAGGAGCGGCACCCUGUGAAACUGUACUCUGGGGAGGAAGACGAGGAGGAACAGCAAGUGUAUUACCUAGGCCCUGGUGAAAAUGUCUUUUCAAAGAGGAGGAAGGAUUUAGAACGGGAGCGAGAGGCAGUCAUCCAAGGCCAGGUGGUGAAAAGGAACACCACAGUGGCCACUCGAUGGAGCUCCCAAGAGGAGCUAGAUAAGAUCUACUCUGGCCAGGACCCCUCCCCAAACUCAGCCUCUGACUCUGACAAUGUCAUAGAUACCGAACAGAUUAAUUUCCUGGCUGCCCGGAGCCAGUUCAUGAAUUUGGAGAAGUUGGCCUCGAACUCUCAACCCCCUCAGAAACCCUUGGGAAGGACCAUGCAGAGCAUGAGGGCAUCACCUGAAGUAGGCCAGGCUGAUGUUGGCCAAAGCACCAGAUCCUAUUGGUCUAGUAGGGUUGGCCUGACCAACGGUUAUACUCUCUCCACCAAGGGCCAGGGGAAAGACAAUACUGACGGAGAUAGGCCUGGCCUGGGUGCUUUGGCCCCAACCUCCCAUAGCCGCUCUGUGGGCCAGUUAUCCUUGGCAUCUUUUGAUGAUACCCCAGUCCUGGGCUCUGAGGAGGUAUCACCAGGAUUGGCUCUCCCUGAUGAGGGACCAAAGGAGACACCUAUCGAGAGAGAGAUCAGGCGGGCUCAAGAGCGGGAGGAUGAUCUUCGGCAGCAGCGGGGGCUGCAGCUAUCAGGCAGCCGGGAUGAGCUGGUAGAGGUCCCAGCCAGGCCUCUAUUGUCCAAGGCAAACCUGAUCUUCACUCCCACCCCCAAGAAAGGGAAAGAGGUCGGGCGGCCAUCAUCCUUAUACAUUCAGAGAGAGAUAGCCCUGGACACAAAGCGUGAGGAAGACCACCGCCGGCAAGCUGGAUACUCUGAGCUUACCAAUCAUUCCAGUAGAGCCUCCACACCAAACAAGCUGGCCAAAGACCCAGAGCCCCCCAAAGAAGCCCCCAAGAUAAGGCGAGUACAGAGUUCUGAUUCCAUUCUGAGUCUGACUUCUGACACCCACCCAGCAAAGGCCACCCUGGAAGGAAGGAAGAUUAGUCGCAUUCCGUUGGAGGCCUACCAGCCUUACCUGACCCCAGAUAGCACUAAGAAAGAAUUCUGGUCUUAUUCUUCCUACAAACCAGGUUCCUCACUGGGCUCUGGGGGCCACACUGUGGUCUCCAGUAGGGAGGAACAUGUGGCCACAACUCCACUCUCCUCACAAAAGGCAUCCUGGGUUGGGGAGCAGAUCAGGGAACAGCCAUGGAAAUCACAAGCCUCUACCGUUCAAAGGCAGGAGCCAUGGAGGUCGCCACCGCAAGAGUCCACUCGAAAGGCCUGGAAUGCUCAGGAACAGGGUGCUGGCAAUGCUAGCCAGGGUGUGGUGACUUGGAACUACUUCCAUCUACAGCCCAUGAAGUUCAAGGUCAACUUCUCCCCUGGAUCAGAGCAGGCAAGUGUUCCGCAGAAAGAGCAUGUCUGGGAGCCCAAGGGCCAUGUUGAAGAGGUGGUCAUCCCUGCCAAGCCCCUAAGGUCCCAGUCCUCUAACCUGCUGGAGAUGGAGAUCCAGAGUGUCCUGCAACGGGAGAAGGAACUGAAGGAAGAGCGGAGGAAUGCCUUGUUCCCGGAAGUCUUCUCCCCUGCUGCAGAGUUGGACCAGACGUUUGAAUGGGGAAGUCCAGACUCCAGGCACUCAUCUGCGGUCUCAGGUAUCACAGGAAGGUACUCUGUGUCUGAAACGCCCACCUUCUCCCCUGUCCACUUCCGCUCAAGCUUGGUGUGGAAGGUGACAGAUGAGACACCCAGACAAGAACAUGUGCCCUGGAAGAUGAAGAGGGAAGCAGGGUAUGCAGGCCUUGACACCUCUGACACUGUAAACACAGAGAUUGUGGAAGCCACAAAGGUGACCAGACACAAGAGUGCCAUGGCCGCUCGCUGGGAAGCCGGAAUAUAUGCCAGUGAAGAUGAAGACUGA